GUAAAAUUAUAUUCGCAAAUACUUGAUUUUUACUCCGACCAAUAGGCGCAGCCAUUGGAGUCGAACAAUCCUAAAUUGCCAAAUAGCCCUAAAUCACAAACCUCGAAGGCAAAUUGCGAGUAACAUUCGUAGUUCGAAGAUUUGCAAAAUUCGAAUCAAGAGGCUUUGCGAUUUAAUCUCGGAAGGGAUGAAAGGAGUGGGAGGACCAUUGCUUUCAAUCGGAGAUCUUCUUGCCGAUCUCGUUGAAGAACCUGUUGUCUCAGCUCCACCAAAUCCUCAGAAUUCUUCCAAAUUAGAGACUGAUGCCAUCUCUGAACCGCUGGAUCUAACCGGCCUCUUUCAGGACAACUAUGAUAAACUUAACAGAGUGUUUGCUGGUUCUGAUCACUCAUGGACCUCUCUUACUCUGGAGCUUUGCACUUCCUUAGAAACUGUAAACAAGUUGGUCCACGCCACCACCACAAAUGCUAGAUUCUUGUCAGAGAAAGUGAGAGAACUCGAGAAAAUAGUGAAACAGGGAGAUUCAGCAGUGGCAGCUGCCAGAUCAGUUCACGCUACGGUUAACCAGAAAGGUUUACCCUCUUAGGACAACACAACAGCAUCAAUUAAUGCUUUACCAAAGAACAAAUCAACCUAUUGGGUUUUAUUUAAUCCUUUUACAGAACGUUAUUUGCCUUGUGUCUAGAUGUACCCUGAAUGAUUUAACGAUGAAUAUCCAAUCUUUUAACAUUGUAUGGAAUUGCACGCAUAUAGUCAA